CCCAGUCAGCUAGCGGCGCUGCUGUGGAGUCAGGCUGCCCGCCAUGCCUCGCGUUUACAUCGGCCGUCUGAGUUACCACGUCCGCGAGAAGGACAUACAGCGGUUUUUCAGCGGCUAUGGAAAACUGCUGGAAGUCGACCUGAAAAAUGGUUAUGGCUUUGUGGAGUUUGAGGACACGCGGGAUGCAGAUGACGCCGUAUACGAGCUGAAUGGGAAGGAGCUGUGUGGCGAGAGGGUGAUGGUGGAACAUGCCCGAGGACCUCGGCGUGACCGAGAUGGAUAUGGCGGCGGCGGAGGAGGAGGAGGAGGAGGUGGUUAUUAUGGAGGUGGCCGCAGUGGCUACAGCAGCAGGAGUCGAUCAGGCCGGGAUAAAUACGGCCCUCCGGUCCGCACCGAGUACCGGCUCAUCGUGGAGAACCUCUCGAGCCGCUGCAGCUGGCAGGACCUUAAGGACUUCAUGCGGCAGGCGGGUGAGGUGACGUACGCCGAUGCCCACAAGGAGCGCGCCAACGAGGGAGUGAUUGAGUUCCGCUCUCACUCGGACAUGCGCAGGGCUUUGGAGAAACUGGAUGGAACCGACAUCAACGGCAGAAAGAUCCGGCUGAUCGAGGACAAACCCCGCCGCCGCCGCUCGUACUCCGGGAGUCGCUCCAGGUCUCGCAGCCGCCGGCAUUCCCGCAGCAGGAGCCACCGGAGCAGCCGAUCCCGAAGCAACUCCAGGUCUCGCUCAAGGUCUCAUUCCCGCCGGCGCCGCUCGCGCUCCAGAUCCCAUCACAAGUCCCGUUCCAGGUCGGCUCGCAAGUCCCACUCCAAAUCUCCUUCCAGCAAAUCUCGCAAAUCUCGCUCUCGCACGCAGAAAUCCCAUAGCAGGUCCCGCUCUCGCUCCGGCGACCGCCAGUCGCGCUCCAAAAGCACUUCUAAAGUGAAGUCGGAGCACAGCUCUCGCGGCCGAUCGAAAGAGAAAUCCACAAGUAAGAAAUCGCGCAGCCGCUCUGCAUCACCCGCGGAGAACGGGAACGAGGAGCGAGUCAAAUCCACCUCGCGCUCGCCAUCUCCCCCGGUCGAGAAGAGCGGCUCAAAAUCUCCGGAGCCGCGCUCACGCUCUCACUCACGCUCGAAAUCUGGCUCGCGCUCUAAAUCCAGAUCCCGGUCCAGAUCCGCCUCACAGGACUAACCCGCGUGUGUUGGAGUGAAUUUCUGAACCGCACAUCGUGAUUCGGCUCUUUAAUUGAUUCCCAGUGGGUAGAGUAGAUGUUCUCUACAUGGCAUGAAGCAGAAACGAGUGGAAUUAUGGAUCAUUAUCAUCAGUUCCUCUGUAAAUGAGCAUAGAAUUAUUAUUGAAUGACCUUUCCAUGAGCUUGGAUCGCUCGACGUGUCCCAUAUUCCCGAGUCGGUUCAGGAGGAGAAAGCGAGCAAUGACGAGUGUUUGUGAUGUUCGUCUCUUCAACUCGUAAUCCGUUUGAGCAUCUGCUGUUCAUUUAGAACUUUUUAAAGUCAUUUCAGUCCAUUUUUAUUGUACCUUUUAUUAAAAGUCCUCACUGAU